AUGGCUCUGAGAAACCAGAGUUCCUUGACUGAAUUCACUUUGGUCUCCUUUCCUGUCAUCCAAGAACUUCAAUUCACUUUGGUCUCCUUUCCUGUCAUCCAAGAACUUCAAAUCUUGUUGUUUGUCAUUCUCCUGCUGGUUUAUAUGCUCACCAUAACAGGAAACAUUGUCAUCAUUUCCCUAGUAUGGACUGAUAAUCGUCUCCAAACACCAAUGUAUUUCUUCCUUAGUAAUUUGUCAUUUUUGGACAUUUUGUUCACGACUACUAUUACCCCCAAGUUGCUAACUUGUCUCUUAGAAGAGAAAAAAACCAUAUCUUUUGCUGGCUGCAUCACUCAAAUUUAUUUCUACUUCUUUCUGGGGACAGUGGAGUUUAUCCUGCUGGCGGUGAUGUCCUUUGACCGCUAUGUGGCCAUCUGUAACCCCCUGCGCUAUACUAUCAUCAUGAACAGCAGGGUCUGCCUCCAGCUGGUUCUGGGCUGCUGGGUAGGAGCCUUCCUCUCAGUACUGUGCCCAACUAUUGUGGUGUCCAGAUUGCCAUACUGCACUGAGGAAAUUGGUCACUUCUUCUGUGACAUUGCCCCUCUGCUACAGGUGGCCUGCAUAGACACUCAUUUCAUUGAGAUGAUAAACUUUCUCUUAUCCUCCCUUGUCCUUCUGACCUCCCUGGUACUCACUAUUGUGUCCUACACCUACAUCAUCUCUACCAUCCUGCGCAUCCCCUCAGCCCAAGGCCGUCAGAAGGCCUUUUCCACCUGUGCUUCUCACAUCACAGUUGUGUCCAUUGCCUACGGGAGCAACGUCUUCAUGUACAUGAGGCCCAGCCAGAGCCACUCGCUGGAGUUUGACAAAGUGACUGCCGUCCUUACCACAGUGGUGACCCCUCUUCUGAACCCUUUCAUUUACAGCUUGAGGAAUGAAAAGGUAAAGGAGGUCUUGAGAGAGUCAAUUAGCAGGAUAGUUCUGCCACAUUCCAAGGGAACAUGA